CUCCCUUCUUUCUCCCUAAAAUAAAAGAAAAGUCCUUUUCUUUUCUUUUCAAGAGUUUUAAAUCUAUACCUGAAGCUGAUCUUCAGCUAAGACGAAUCAACAGUGUUGUUGGAUCGUCUCAGCAAGGUAGCAGCCAUGGGGAUUGAGAAAGCUGUUUCUGGAAACACCAUACCAUUCAAUGGUCGUCCUGUAACUCGUGCCUUUGCGUCUGCUCUGCGUGCUUCUUCUAAUCUGAUAACAUCUUCAGAAGUGGCUGAUACUACUACACUGAUCAACCAAGGAAGGGUUCUGAGACCAAACAGUAAAAGAACAGCUUUGGAUGAUAAGAAAGGCAAUGCACCUAAGAGGCGAGCUGUUCUUAAUGAUAUCACAAACGUUUCGUGCGAGGUUUCUUACAGAAGAUGCUUCAAUGCAGCUAAAAUUCAGGUGGAGAAUAUCAAACAGAUAAAGAAGGGAAGGGCAAGUUCUUCCAAGGUGGCAUCAUCUUCUACUACUUCAGAAGUUAUAGAUGCAAAGGUACAUGGCUGUACAGCCACGAGCUUAGGCACAAACGAAGCGUCUUGUAGCUUUAUCGAAAAGCCGAGUUCGAGGUUGCCUCCAAGACCUCCUGGGAGAUCAACUUCUACAGUUGAAAGAAGCUAUGUUGAAGGAAGUUCCACUGUGACAAGUAGCUCAAAAUUCAUUGACAUUGAUUCAGAUGAUAAGGAUCCUCUACUCUGUAGCAUAUAUGCACCUGAAAUCCACUACAACCUGCGUGUUGCUGAGCUUAAACGCAGACCACUAUCUGGUUUUAUGGAGAGAACACAAAGAGAUGUGACUAAGACAAUGAGGGGAAUCCUAGUUGAUUGGCUUGUAGAGGUCUCAGAGGAAUACACACUUGUACCUGACACUCUCUACCUCACAAUACAUCUCAUAGAUUGGUUUCUACAUGGGAACUACAUUGAAAGACAAAGACUUCAGUUACUCGGCAUCACUUGUAUGCUCAUUGCUUCGAAGUAUGAGGAAAUCUAUGCACCACGCAUUGAAGAGUUCUGCUUCAUCACGGACAACACUUACACAAGAGAUCAGGUCUUGGAGAUGGAGACUCAAGUACUGAAGCAUUUUAGUUUUCAGAUUUACACUCCAACUUCAAAAACAUUCCUCAGGAGAUUUCUCAGAGCAGCUCAAGCUUCUCACGUGAUGCCAAGUGUGGAAAUGGAGUUUCUAGCGAAUUAUCUGACGGAGUUGACGUUAAUAGAGUAUGAGUUCUUGAAGUAUCUUCCUUCGGUUAUAGCUGCUUCUGCUGUUUUUCUUGCCAAGUGGACUAUGAACCAAUCAAGCCACCCUUGGAAUCCAACGCUAGAGCAUUACACAACGUACAAAGCCUCGGAUCUUAAAGCAUGUGUUCAGGGCUUGCAAGAACUGCAGCUUAACACCAAAGGAUGUCCUUUAAACUCUAUACGUAUGAAGUACAAACAAGACAAGUUCAAAUCCGUGGCGGUGUUCACUUCUUCGGAGUUACCUGAUAGGCUAUUUUGCUAAAAAAAGAGACUAAACCGAGCGGUUUAUCAUUUCCUGACCGAUAUAACAUUUCUUAUGUUCCGGUUUGUCGUCCUUGAGUUCAUUUUCACCUGUAACUCUCUGUUAAAUAAAACAGUAAUCAAUUUUUCCACGGUAUAAUCCGGUUUAG